GUCACUUUGGGAAACCAAUUUAAAAAAACUAACCGCAGGUUUUUUCUUCCUGUCUAAGCCAUGUCCCAGUUUCAACGUUCAAACUAAAGACUUCGAAAGCAUCGAAAAGAAAAUGACAAGAAAGCAAGACAGAUAUCUUGUAUUUGCAUAAGAAUUCUAGGCCGCUACUUGUGUUGUCCAGUAUUUCGGGUCUCCAUCGUUUUCCAUUUACUGAACAAGUUGUGUAGAUUGUGAUGAAUUAUAAGUCCACUGGCAGCAACCAGAUGCCCCAAGGAUUUAAGGCAAGGCGGGCUUUACAGUUGUCAUUGCUUUUGGGUGUUUGCUUCUGGUUGCUAUACCAAAUUGAGCACUCAAACAGUAAAGGGAAGGACUAUGGUGGAGGUCUACAAAGCAAGCUCAGGGAACAAAAUGCUGUUCUUGUUUUGGGUCGGAAAGGGAAUGCAGCAUGGUCAAGUGAUGGAGGUGUGUCCAACUUAGAAGAUGUCAAUCUUGUGGGAGAAGCUAAAAUGAAAGAAGAUGGUGGAGGUGGAGAUGAUGAAUUAGAUGGAAUUUUAGAAGAAAAAAUUUCCCAGAAGGAACUGGAGCAACCGAAGAUGGUGUCUCUAAAUGAUUUAAAAAAUAAUUCUGAUGUUGAAGGAGUUUAUUCCAAGAAAGGAUAUGAUGAUCCAUGGGGAAGUAGAGAGCAAGGAGGUGAGAAGAGGCUUGAGAUUGAUGAUGAAAGAGAUGGCAAGGACCCAAAAACAGAAGUUAAGCAAAUAGGUGGAGAGGAUUCAGAAAGACAAGGUAAGGAAUCAGAGAAGGUCAAGGAAAUUGCUGAUGAUUCUAUCAAACAAUACCAAGAUGAAGCAGCCAUCUUCAAUAGACAAGAUGAAAAGGAUAAAUAUAUUAUUGGAAGCAAACAAGAGAUUGCAGUGCAGCCUAGCGGAUUGGAGAACAAUGAAACUGCUGCUAGCAGGAGUGAAAUGAUGUUGGAUGGAGUCCAUAGCUUUCAUGAUGAGAAUGGGGUUCCUCAAGAUGGUAAUGAUCUUGUUGAAACCACACUGAGUGAUAUAAGAGAUGAUCACGAAAUUAUUCUGCAUCAAGACACUUAUAAUUCAACUAAUUCUAGAAUUCAGUGAAGGUACCAGAAUAGAAGAGGUUGCAUCCCAAUAAGAAGUUGGCUUCUGCUUAAGAAUCCAAAAAAAAUAAAAGGCAGCUAAGAGGACUCGAAAGUCAUGUAAGAGCAUGCAGUAAUCAUUUGUCAAACCUCAAGCAUCAGCCAUGUUUCAGAAAAACAAGAUGAUAAAUUAUAUA